CGGAUUCUUUCGCACUCCAUGACCCCGAGCGCAGCAAGAGGUCUAGUCGUCGUCUUAAUCGAAGGCGGGUCAGACGUUUCGGAAAAAGAGCUGACAGCGUGGUAUGAGGAAGAGCAUGUUCCUCGUCGUUUGACCUUGGCUGGCUUUGAUUCAGCAUUCCGUUACAAAGCUAUUGACUCCAAAACGCCGACAUGGUUGACAGUAUACGACAUUGAGGCACCGGAGAUCGCCAAUUCGCCUGCCUAUCUUGCACUCGCGGAUCAAGCCUCGGACAAUGAGAAGGCGAUUUUGGCGAAACUGAGCGGUCUCAGUCGUCGAACCUAUGCUCAUAUUCGCACGUUCUCCCACCCUGACACCAAUACCAACGAUUUGCCGACGCAGUAUCUGUUGGCUGUUGGAUUUAUCAUGAAGUCCACUGAAGGGGAAGCGGAGUUGGAUAAAUGGUAUAACGAGGAGCACAUGGAGCUUCUUUCCAAGGUACCUGGAUGGAAGCAAGGCAGAAGAUUUGUCUUGACCGACCACACCGCUCGAGGCGAGUUUGUGGGCCAGCCAGUCCAUAACUAUUUCGCUUUGCAUUCCUUUGACAACAAAGACUUUGCGGAUACGGUGGAAUUCAAGCAAGCUACCAGCACUGAGUGGAGAGCGAAAGUUAUGGAUUUGUGCAUCAGUCGCGAGGCGAGAACGUUUGAGCUAUAUAAGAAUUUUGGUGUUGCUACCAACUUGGACGCGUCGCUCAUGGGAGAAGACUCGUAUCCAAACUCUCAAUGGGACCCCGCUGACAACUCCGACUACCAUAGCGGCCCCAGCUCCUACCACCACCCUGUCCAAUUAAUUGACCGAUCCGAGUCUUCACCGCCAGCGGCAUCCCAACCACGGUCAAGUUCGGAUUCUGCUUGGCGCGAUACCAAUACCCUUGAAAACGAUUCCCUUCCUCCAAACGAAUCCGUUACUCUAGUCGAUGCUACCUUCGACGAAAACAUUCUCAGGUCGCUAUGCGAACUGGACUGUGGUGUCCCCUUACUUCUCGACAGAAUUAAGCAAAGCAUGAUAUCUUGUCGGGAAGCAUCUGUGUUCCUCAAAAAACGGGCAGCAAUAGAGGAGGAGUACGGAAAGACUAUGCAUAAGCUCGCUCGGACCACCGCAGAAACAUAUGGCAUGCAUGACGGAAAGGCCGGAACCUUCGUUGCCUCCUGGCAGUCCGCCAUGAAGACUCAUGAAGCUAUGGGAGAGAGCCGACUACGAUUCGCCCAGCGAUUGAACGAGAUGAGCGAGGAGCUUGCAACCUUAGUAAAAGAAGUAGAGAAAAAUCGGAAACAGACGAAAGAAUUGGCCACGCGAUAUGAACGAGCACUCCAGGAGUCAGAGGCCGUAACAGAGAAAUCCAAGAACCGACUUGAUAUUGCUUCAGAGGAACUUGAGCGUGUCCUGCUUCAGAAGGAAGGCGAGUCGUUGAAGGACAAUACCGUUCAACAACGGGCGGGUGGUGCAGGUGGAAAGCGGGCUAUUGGCAAGGCAGUUGCUAAAGGCGGUCUCCUUCUCAAGGGCAAAAACCCCGGAAACAUUCAACGUCAAGAAGAUGACAUUCGGACGCGGGUCUCAAAUGCAUCUGACGCAUACCGCAAGGCUGUCACCGACACACAGGCAAUGAGACAAGAGUAUUUCAACUUUCAGCUACCUCGAAUACUUCGCGCCCUCAAAGAAUGCGCGGACGAAAUGGAUCUAGGAACGCAAUACCAUCUAACACGAUAUGCCUUCCUGUUUGAAAGCACCAUCCUCGGUGACGGCUCCACUCUUGUGCCUCCUCCUGGUGAAGAAGGUUCUCCGCUUAACCCUGGCUUGAAAGCUACGUUAGAAAUGAUCGAUAAUCGCGGAGAUUUCAAAGCCUACAUGCAUAACUACGCCUAUGUCCGUGGCCCUGCUACGCCGCGUGGGCCCCGUCGAGAAGGUCCAUCUGAAGAAGGCUUCCUACCACCACUCCCUCCGCACCAGCCAGCGACAGAAAAGGUUUCUCAAGCUAGUAAUGGUGUAAAUGGCGCUAUCCAUGCGACCUUUGGGGUUGAUCUCGCCGAUCAAAUGGCAAGAGACAAUGUCGAGGUUCCACCAAUCAUGGAAAAGUGUUGUCAGGCGAUCGAGAAAUACGGAUUGGAGUCUCAAGGAAUUUAUCGUGUGAGUGGGACGGUGACCAGAGUUGCCAACCUACGCCAGAGACUCGAUCGAGACCUCGACUCGGUUGAUCUCGACUCGCAUGAGUGGUCGUCAGAUAUCAAUAAUGUUUCGAGUGUCCUGAAAAUGUGGUUGAGAGAACUUCCUGAUCCACUACUCACAUUCGAACUUCAGCAAGGUUUCGUUGACGCGGCGAAGAUCGAGAAUGAGCGGCUAAGACACAUUCGAUUGCAUGAACGAGUUAAUGAUUUACCGGAUGCCAAUUACGCUACCCUCAAGUACUUCAUGGGCCAUCUCCAUCGGAUAAACCAACACGCCGCGGAAAACUCGAUGUCCAUACAAAACCUGGCUAUAGUCUUUGGUCCGACUCUGUUUGGUCAGAUGAGACCGACAGAGGGUGGAGCGAUACCUAUGCCUGACACGACGAACCAGAAUCUGGCCAUUGAAACGAUCCUAACGCACUAUACGGAUAUUUUUGUGGACGAAUCUGAGCAGUAA